AGCAUCAGUCCGGCUGAGAGGAGCGGAGAGAAGCUGUAGUAAUGAAUGGAGAGAGCGCUUAAACUCUCAUUUCUACAGUUUAAACUCGUCUUUUCUAAUGGCCAACCGAGAGAAGAACAAGAAGGCUCUGCUGGAUCAGGCCAAGCUGCCCGAUAACUGCACCUGUGCGGACUGUGGAGCUCCAGAUCCAGACUGGGCUUCAUAUAAACUCGGUAUCUUUGUUUGUCUGAACUGCUCUGGAACUCAUCGCAAUCUGUCCAGUGUGAGCAGAGUCAAAUCCAUACGGCUAGACUUCUGGGAUGAUGACCUUGUGGAGUUCAUGAAAGCCAAUGGAAACAGAACAGCCAAAGAGUUCUACGAGAAGUUCGUCCCGGUCUUCUACUACCGGCCGCAGCAAGAUGACUGUGAGGUGCUGAGAGAACAGUGGAUCAGAGCCAAGUAUGAAAGGCUGGAGUUUUCAGAGGAAAAUAAGCUACUUGCCUACUCAUCAGGCGUGUAUGAAGGGGUGCUGUGGAAGAAGGGGAAGGACAACGGGCAGUUUCUCAAGAGGAAGUUUGUUCUAUCAGAACAGGACUUUACCCUAAAAUAUUUCAAGGAGGAUGAGGGGAAAGGGCCGAAAGCGGUCAUCUCUGUAAAGCAUCUAAAUGCAACGUUUCAGCCUCAGAAGAUUGGGCAUGCUCACGGCCUGCAGAUCUCUUACUGUGUGGACGACCACACCCGAAACCUCUUUGUUUACCAUGAGAGUGGGCAGGAAAUUGUGAAUUGGUUCAAUGCGAUCAGAGCCACACGAUUUGUCUACCUGAAGACAGCAUUCCCUACAGCUACAGAUGAGGAGUUGCUGCCAUGGAUAACCAGGAACUAUUUAAAAGAAGGCUACAUGGAGAAAACUGGACCUUUGCAACGGGAGCCGUUCAAGAAAAGAUGGUUCAUUUUGGAUGCCCUUGACAGAAAAUUACUCUAUUUUAAAACUCAGCUGGAUGCUGUGGAGCUUGGUGUCAUUUUCAUCGGGACAGCGAAUCAUGGGUACUCUGUGAGGGAGUGUGUGCCGAAGGGGACCAGGGGGAACAAGUGGAAGUGCGGGGUGGUGAUGGAGACGCCGGACCGUCAGUUCGUCUUUAUGUGUGAGCAGGAGCGAGAGCGAAACGAGUGGCUGGAAGCGUUACAGCAGGUCAUCGCCAAGCCCAUGCUUCCACAGGAUUACACCAAGGCCAACAUCCGCAGAAGAAGAUGACCCCGGUACAUCGUCAUGGACAAAGGACUGUUAGUGCUGACCAAUAGACUCAUCACUGUCUGUGCAUUUCUAACGAAUCCACCACAGAUGCACUGUCUGAAUGUUUAAACUGACCUCUCACACAUCUUUCACAAUAGUUUUUUCACAAAAAGUUUUGUGUAAAGCAUGUGUUAGCCUUGGGAGGAGACAGUAUUGCACAAUUUAGUGCAUUCCCCUCUCCAGCACAGCUCACUUACGGUUAAUUGUGAAGAGCGGGAAACAGUGACAGAUCAGUGUGUGGCUUUGGUGAGUCUGGAUUUUAGGUUAAUGUUUACAUUACCAGACUGAAGUGACUUAAAUUGGAUUAUUUAUAGGGAAACAUCAGAUUUAAUUUAAUUUAAAGUCAGAUUUGUGUCAUUUUCAUUUCAAUAGUCUAAUCAGAUUUUAGGUCCUCCUAGAAAAAAAAAAAUGUAUCACUUGAAACAUAGUUUUAAUCACUAAAUAAUACUGCUAAACAUGAAUAAUGUUUAGCAUUUGGUCAAUAAAGCACAAAAAACAUGUUUUUUCUUAUAAUUUUACCCCAUUUUCUCACCAAUUUGGAAUGACAGUUACUCAAUCCCCUAUCACUAGUAAUACCCCCAAAACUAAGAGGGUAAAGUCUAGCAAGUGCCUCAUCUGAUACAGACUCCGCCUAUUUUUCAACUGCAGCUGAUGCAGCAUCACUAAGCAGCCAGUGUACUUUGAGGUAAGCGCCAGAUCCACAGCUCUGAUAUACCAGCUAACAGAUGCCUGUGCUGACCAGCGUCACAUUGGGAGUGAUGGGAGGAGAGAGCGCCACCUACCCACCAAGAGAGAACAUGGACAGUGUUCAAUGUUCUUUUCAAUAUUUUAACAGAACUAGUAUAUUAUUGUUAUAGCUUUAUAAACACUCUUGACUCCUCAAAACAUGUCCCAACAAUCUCAACAACAGCAUAAGACUCUGAAUACUAAGAUAAUUGAUGUUCUUUAAGCAGGAGAAUGCAGUGUCCAAUACUGUGGAAAGUUUUUAAUUACCAAAGAACAUUAUUUAAAAGCAUUCAUCUUAAUAGAGUGUUUUUGCCUGUAUCUGCAAACAAAACAUAAAUUCAGUGAAAAGUUAUAAGUUAACUAUAAAUAAUAUUAGACUUCCAUAAGGAGAGUUACAGCCUAAAUAGGGAGCAUUAAAAUUGUAUUGUAUUUUUUAAUGGUGCCUAAAACAUUCAAGAUUUAUUCAUUCAAUUAUAAACAAAAUAAAUUCUAUAUACAGAAGAAAAAAAUACAAACCAAAAAUAAAAUGAAAGGCAGCAGAAAGAAGAAAAAAAACUUAUAUCUGCUCCUUUUUUUCCCAAGAAUAAUUUUAAAUAAUAGUUAUUUACCAAAAACAAAACUAAACAAAAACAUAGAUACACAUUAUACUAAUUCAUAUUUUUUAAACAAACCAACUUUUAUCAUUGUUUUAAAGCACACAUUGAUGUAGCAUUUUUAACAUCUCUCUCCAAAUUAUUCCAAAAUCUUAUUCUUUGAAUUGAAGUUCACCGCUCCUUAAAACUAGUUCGAAAUUUAGGCUUUACAAACAUCUUUAUCCCCUUAAGAUUAUAAUAACUCUUUCUCUUAACAACAUUUAAUUGUUAAAUUACACUUAAAUGUUUAAAGGUAAUGUGUUUUUAUGACCCUUACACAAUAACAAUAAAAUAUUAAAGUCAGUACAGUUAACACUAGACUACCUCAAGAGGAACAAGCUAAAGCUUUUAACACUGCUCUCAUAGUCCUUCAACUUUAACAUCAAAAUCUAUAAAUAAACCUCUAAAGAACAGCCAGUGCAGCAUGACUUCCCUACAAUCUCACUAGAAGGAGUGAAAAAUGAAAGACUGACACUGACAAUCCUGACCACGCAGUGUGCCCAAACUGUUGCUUUGGGCCUUUUUUGUACAAAAUAAAAAUUAUUAAUAAAAAUUAUUCUUGUUUAAAGAAAUGUUUCAUCUUUGAUUUUAUACAUUUUGUAAGUCAGGAAAUCUUUUAUAUUGCUUAGUUUUGUACAUAUACUUUGAGCAGGGGCCAAACGUUUAUUUGCCAUUGUAUAUUUUUUAUCAAACUAAGACAAAAGUGCAU